CUGGACAAUAACUCUCAUUCACCAGUUCUUCUGCGCUUGAUCGAUCUCAUUCUUGAUUGAUCCGUCUGAUGAAAGAGUGUUGUUGAUACAGUAUCUUUAAGGAUUGAGAUCUGUGGUGGUCGCCGACACUCGCUCUCAACUCUGUUCCCAGCCAGGUUGGAGCAGUCAUGGCGACCAAGAGAAAGCUUUCGGCCAUUUCGCCGGCGGACGAAGAGCCCGUCGAUCCGUCUGAUGAACUGAUGUUCUUAUGUCUAGGAGGCGGAAAUGAAGUUGGUCGAUCAUGUCACAUCCUACAAUACAAGGGCAAAACAGUCAUGCUCGAUGCAGGAAUGCAUCCGGCAUAUGAAGGGCUUUCUGCGCUUCCUUUCUACGACGAAUUUGAUCUGAGCACUGUCGACGUUCUUCUCAUCAGCCAUUUCCAUUUGGACCAUGCGGCAUCAUUGCCUUAUGUACUAUCAAAGACAAAUUUCAAAGGCCGGGUCUUCAUGACACAUCCUACCCGGGCGAUCUAUAAAUGGCUGUUACAGGAUAGUGUACGAGUAGGCAAUACGUCGUCCUCGUCUGAACAACGAACAGAGCUCUAUACCGAAGCCGAUCAUCUGGCAACAUUCCCUCAAAUCGAACCGAUAGACUACUAUACUACGCAUACUGUCUCUUCCAUUCGCAUCACUCCAUAUCCGGCCGGUCAUGUCCUCGGCGCUGCAAUGUUCCUGAUCGAGAUUGCUGGACUCAAGAUUCUAUUUACUGGCGAUUAUUCUCGAGAAGAAGACCGACACUUAAUCUCCGCCGAGGUCCCAAAGAACAUUAAGAUUGACGUCCUGAUUACCGAAAGUACCUAUGGAAUAGCAUCACAUAUUCCUCGUCUUGAGCGAGAAGCUGCUUUGAUGAAGUCUAUCACCAGCAUCCUCAAUCGAGGCGGACGUGUACUUAUGCCCGUCUUUGCUCUUGGGCGAGCGCAGGAACUGCUUUUAAUUCUUGACGAAUACUGGGCACGGCAUGCAGAGUUUCAAAAGAUACCCAUUUACUACGCAUCUAACCUGGCCCGAAAAUGUAUGGUUGUAUAUCAAACCUACGUAGGUGCGAUGAACGACAACAUCAAGCGUCGGUUUCGAGAACGUCUUGCCGAGAGCGAAGCUGCUGGCGACGUUGGACGUGGUGGACCUUGGGACCUUCACUAUGUGCGCAGCCUGAAAAGUCUAGACCGAUUCGAGGACGUGGGUGGUUGCGUCAUGCUUGCCAGUCCGGGAAUGCUUCAGAACGGAGUAUCUCGAGAGCUGCUAGAACGAUGGGCGCCUGAUAAUCGCAAUGGAGUCAUCAUCACUGGUUAUUCCGUUGAAGGCACUAUGGCCAAGCAAAUCAUGACCGAACCUGAAUCAAUUCCAGCAGUCAUGACAGUACGAGAAGGCGCGCGCGGGCGAGGUCGAACAGCUGGUGGAGAAGCAGAAAAAGUCAUGAUACCCCGAAGAUGCACUGUUCAGGAAUACAGUUUUGCAGCGCACGUCAGCGGAACGGAGAAUCGAGAAUUCAUCGAGGAAGUGGCUGCUCCAGUAGUGAUCCUCGUUCAUGGCGAAAAGCAUAAUAUGAUGCGACUUAAAUCCAAGCUCCUUAGUCUCAACGCGGACAAGCAAGAAAAAGUCAAAGUCUACAGUCCGGCCAAUUGCGAGGAACUCAAGAUUCCUUUCAAGACGGAUAAAACCGCUAAAGUUGUCGGCAAACUGGCAGACAUCUCACCACCCGACGCGUCCAAAUCCACCGACGAGUCUGAUCCUCAACUCAUUACCGGCGUGCUUGUCCAAAACGACUUCAAAAUGUCGCUCAUGGCUCCUGAAGACCUUCGCGAAUACGCUGGCUUGACCACCACAACAAUUACCUGCAAGCAGCGAAUAACAUUGAGCGCCGCGGGCGUUGAUCUCAUACAGUGGGCUCUCGAGGGCACCUUUGGCAGCAUCGAGAGACUGCCGGAUAAAAUGGUGAAUGGCAAAACCGAGCAAAACGGCGACAACACGAGCAUUGAGAAUGGCGAGGAGGCCGAUGAAGAAAUCAAGCCAUCGAGCUCCGGCACGACGUUUUUGGUCAUGGGCUGCGUGGCCGUGCGUUGCCAAAACAAUGGCGCAGUCGAAAUAGAGUGGGAAGGAAACAUGCUUAAUGACGGAAUCGCCGACGCAGUUCUUGCAGUCUUGUUUACAGUCGAGACUAGCCCUGCAGCAGUCAAGCGAUCCUCCAACCUUCAUUCACACUCCCAUUCCCAUGCUGAUGAUGCUCAGCUCGAGAAGUCUACAAAGUUCGAAAAGCGCAAUCCACAUGCCCAUGUCCGCCCCGAAGAGCGCUUCGCCCGAUUAUGCAUGUUCCUCGAAGCACAAUUCGGGACAAACAUUUCCCCUAUUGCCAAGCCGCGUCUCGUCAACGGAUCUGUCAAACCCGAACCGCUCGAAACCAAAAAGGAAGAAGAAGAAGACGACGACGAGCAAUACGAAGCCGCGAUCAAGCUCGACCGCGAAGAAGCAGAUGAACUCGAGCGCUUGCAUCGUCUCGGCAUCCCUGUUCCAGGCGUGGAGAUCAAAGUCGACAAGCAUGUCGCCAAAGUGUGGCUGGAGAAUCUCGAUGUCGAGUGCCAGUAUGGCGUGCUCCGAGAUAGAGUUAAAGCUGUUGUUGAGCGUGCGGUUGAGACUGUGGCACCACUGUGGGUCGAGCGUAAGGCGUAUCAUUAAUGGCUAGCUUUCUUUCCUGCUCCCUCUUUUUCUUAUUCCUCUUUUUCUCGUCCUACUGUUUUAUUUUAUUCUCUCAUUUCCUUUGUAUGGACUCUUAUUCCAGCGGGCAAAUAUUUCCCUGGUAAAAAUAUGGGACGGCGGUAUCCUGUGUCUGCCUUAGUGCAUGGUUCUUCAUUCUUCAUUCUUCAUUUGUAUCAUGUAUGAAAUACUCG